AUGGGCUCAGCAACGGAAUGGUCGCCAGACUGUGCGUCAGCUCUGAAACAACACAUACAUUUACUGAAUUAUCUAGCCUGGCAAUCCAAGCCCAUCAAGCAAGUAGUCACUUACGAAGAUAAAGAGGCCGCCUUAGCAGCGCUGUCGAAACUUUCAAGCCUACCACCAAUUGUCACGCCACACGAAAUUAUCAAGCUGAAGUCUAGUCUUCGAGAUGCUGCUCUUGGGAAAGCUUUCCUGCUCCAAGGAGGCGACUGUGCAGAGCUCUUCUCUUACUGUGCUGAUGACCCAAUUAAUGCCAAAAUCAAGCUCUUGCUACAGAUGAGCUUGGUCCUCAUUUGGGGUUCGAAUAAGCCCGUUAUCCGCAUUGGUCGCAUGGCAGGUCAAUAUGCCAAGCCACGGUCAAGUCCCACUGAGAUGGUCGACGGGAAAGAGAUUCCAAGCUUCCGUGGUGACAUAUUGAAUGGUUUCGAUCCUGCGCAGCGACAUGUAGACCCCGAGAGACUGGUCACUGCGUACUUCCACUCUGCUACAACUCUGAACUACAUCCGAGGGCAACUGACGAGCGGCAUCGCCGACUUGCACAACCCCCUCGACUGGGACCUAGGCCAUGUACAGGACGAAGGAUUACAAAAGAAGUACUCGCAGAUCGUAUCAAACAUUUCUGAGUCGCUGCGUUUCAUGAGGACGAUCGGCGCCGACACUUCGGGCCAGCUCCAGACGGUCGAUCUCUACACCAGCCACGAAGGUCUUGUGCUCGAGUACGAGCAAAGCUUGACACGUAAACUCAAGCACCCCGCGGGCUACCAGUCUUCCCUUUCAGAUGACGGCAAGGGCUGGUACAAUACGUCUGCUCACUUUAUCUGGAUUGGCGACCGCACACGACAAAUCGAUGGAGGCCAUGUGGAGUACUUCCGUGGCAUUGAGAAUCCCAUCGGUAUCAAGGUCGGGCCAUCGAUGAAGAACGACGAGUUGGUGGAACUACUUGAUAUUGUGAACCCGAAUAAAGAGGUUGGCAAGGUCACUUUGAUCACUCGUUAUGGAAAGGACAAAGUUGAAUCUAUGCUCGGGCCGCACAUUGAAGCUGUGAAGAAGAGUGGCCAUGUUGUCGUUUGGCAGUGCGAUCCGAUGCACGGCAACACGCACAGCACGCCAGAGGGGAUCAAGACCCGAUCGUUCAACAGCAUUUUCUCCGAGUUGUCCUCCGCCCUCAAAGUUCACAAAGAACAUGACUCUUUCCUCGGAGGAAUGCAUCUCGAGUUGACGGGUGAUGCAGUGACAGAGUGCACCGGUGGAAGUGAAGGUAUAGAGGAGGAGGACCUUAGCUUGAAUUACACAACGUACUGCGACCCCAGGCUCAACGAGAAACAAGCUCUGGAACUAGCGUUCCUGGUUGCGGCAUCCAAAGGAGCGCGCGCGGCAGGUGCAAACCUUCGUAAAUAUCCCUCUCGUCCAGCACCUGGGGCGACUCGUGCUCCUGCACCCGCCCCUCUGCCGCAUUCCGAAAAUGCUGGACCAACAGUGCACCCGCCACCGCAGGCGAGCGGUUCUAGGACAGAGGCGAUUGAUCUCGACGCCCGCGAUCCCGGGUUGGCCUCCCGCCUGAGUACAAUCGGCGCUGUGCAACCAAACCCUCACUUCUCACCUUCGUCUACCUCGUCAUUCGACCCGCAGCGCAAUUCCUCGACCACACAACCGUCAGACUCUUAUGGAAUGAUGGCCGAGCUGCCUCAAUCGGCAUUUCCCGACCCCGGCAGCAACCCGGCAUUGCGUAUCCUCGACGCUCGCCAACGAAUACAACAGGAGGCUGAACAGGAACUAGAGAACGUCGGCAGGAAAAGCUUCAAAGGAAGGAAGUACUUGGACGCAAGCACCAUAGCGCUAGCCUUGAUGCGACGGCAGCGCGGCGAACCAGAUGCGCGGAUAGAGGAAGCGCUCAGCAUCAAGAAGGGGCGGCUGAGUGCACUUAAAAAGGGGAUGGUUACCUCGGUCUGA